AUGACGCUACUGAAAGUAUUGACGUUGGUGGCCCUCGCCAUUGUAAAUCUAGCCAGUGCCGAUCAGGGUCUCCAUAAGGGGGUGACAUGUUUCGGAAACGUCUAUUGGCCGCAACAUUUGAGAAAUACGAUUGAUUCUUAUCGCCGAAUACGUCUUAGUGAAACCCCUCAUAUCCGGCAGCUUAAAUAUACCCCCGGUUCAAACGAAGUGUGGUAUCUCCUGCCAUUAGGCACUGUUGUUAAUAGAAUGCAUAACCCUGCUGAUCCAACAAAUAAUCGCAUUGCCGUCGACUCUAACUUGAACUACAAAAUGGUACUUAUGGCGAAGCAAUAUGUGCCGACAACAGGGUAUUUACACAGAGCGCAUGUAGCACCUUGCGCGGUUAUAGAUGGAAAUAUUGAAAAUUUUCAAGAUGUCGGAUAUGAUGAAGCUGAUGAUGAAUAUGAUGAUUAA